AUGGCUCAAGAUAACUCUCCAAACAAGACCAUAGCAAUGAAUCAUAGACACAGCCACACCAAAUUCACAGAAGAUCAAUUGAAAAUCCUCAUCAAAGCAUUUGACCAAAAUCUUUACCCAGGUUAUGCUAUCAAACAAAAACUUGCUUUAGAAGUCAACACUGAAGAGUCUAAAAUCCCGAUUUGGUUUCGGAAUUGAAGAGCUAGGUAUCAGGGCCAGAAAAAAUCAGAACCCGAUAAGGAGUUAGAAUUAAGCCAAGACCAAGAUCAUCCUGAAAAGGACAUUCAAAGUAGAGAAGACAGAUGUACCAGCUAUACUUCCACACAAUUACACAACCUCAUUGAGGCAUUUAUGAACAACCCAUAUCCUGGCAUUGAUUCCAGAGAGCCUGCUAAGGAAAUUGGCAUUCCUGAAUCAAGAGUCCAAAUUUGUUUUCAAAAUCAGAGAUCCAGAUUCCGUGUCCAGAGAAAAAGAGAACCUGAUGAUGAAGACUUAGAACAGAGACAAGACCAGGAACAGGAUCUCUGA